UCGUGGUUCGAGUAUAUGUUAGACUGGGAAGCAGCGAUCGCCAAUAAUGCAACACAGCCCAUUCUUGUACUGCGAUACGAAGAUAUCAAAGAGACGAGCGAGCGAGCGAUGCCGCUCGUGAAGUACCGUGACGCUGGCGGGGAUACGUUGCUCGUGCUGGAAGUGGACGGCUAUCUCUACCCCAAGACGCCGGAAGAGGUGGUGCGAGGCAUCAAGGAUGUAACCAUACGAGAUGAUGACGUCAUGAUUUGCGCCUACCCAAAGAGUGGAACUCACUGGGUGUGGGAGAUAACACGCUGCAUCCUGUCGGGGACAACCGAUCUUGUCGUGGCGGAAAAAGACGAACUGCAUCUGGAGUGUAUUCCGAAUUCCACCCUGGAAACGUUCGCCUCGCCGAGAAUACUGAACUGUCAUAUCUGGUACCGACAACUGCCCGGGCAGUUCACGCAGAAGAACUGCAAGAUCAUCUUUGUGAGCAGAAACCCGAAAGACGUGGCGGUUUCGUUCUUCCACCACCACAAGAAGCUGACGCAGUAUUACGAAUAUACCGGAAAGUGGGAAAACUACCUGCCGCUCUUUCUAAACGGACAGGUGGAUUCGGGGUCGUGGUUCGAGUAUAUGUUAGACUGGGAAGCAGCGAUCGCCAAUAAUGCAACACAGCCCAUUCUUGUACUGCGAUACGAAGAUAUCGAAGAGAACCCCCAGAGAGAAGUGUCUAAGAUCGCCAGGUUCCUGGACAAGGACUGCACUGCCGAGUUCCUGAGCCAGGUGUGUGACAAGUGUGAUUUCCGUAACAUGAAGCGGACAAAGGGCCACAUCAUCACCUCGCUCGACGACAAGAACGACUCGGUCAUGUACAGGAAAGGCCAAGUGGGAGAUUGGAAAAAUUACUUUACAGUUGCACAGAAUGAAGUUUUUGACCGAGUAUUUGCGGAGAAAAUGAAACAAUCGUCAAUGAAGUUCAAAUACGAGCUAUAACAAAGUGCAGUAAAUGUUAUCUCAUUGUUAUCUCACGACUGUUAUUGCUCAUUGUUGACGUUUAACUUUAUAUUUUAUUAUUUAUCACGGGAAGUGUGCACAAAACGCCUAGCGUUUAUAUAUUUACAUAUUUACAAUCUUUAUGUGAUCUAAGAUCAGGUUUAGCAUAAAACACAGAUUAGCACUUUUAUUACAUUUUUUAAACUUUCGACUAUAUAUUUAUAUAAAUAAUUACUUUUAUUGCAUAUUUUUAAGUUUCAAAUUUAUAUUGUUUACCACCCGGUGUGUGUGCGUGGGUGCGUGCGUGUGUGUGUGUGUGUGUGUGUGUGUGCGUGCGUGUGCGUGUGUGUGUGUGUGCGUGCGUGUGUACACAGAAACUCCUAUAAACCGGACAUCCACGAGGCGAAGUACAGAUACGAAACGGGCAGUUGUUGAUAGCUAAUUGUCUUUUGCGUAGCACCUUUUAAAAAAGUAUUUAUUAACAGAAGUGUGCUAGGAUGCACGAAACGCCUGGCGAUUAUAUGUUUACAUAUUUACAAUCUUUAUGUGAUCAGGUUUAGCAUAAAACACAGAUAAGCACUUUUAUUGCAUAUUUUUUACUUUAUCACCCGGUGUGUGCAUGUGCGUGCGUGCGCGUGUUGGUGCGUGCGGGUGCGUGCGUGCGUACGUGUGUACACAGAAACUCCUAUUAACCGGACAUCCACUGGGCCAUGUACAGAUUCGACGGAAUAGCAGUUGUUGUAAGCUAAUUGUCUUUUGCGUAGCACCUUUUAAAAAAGUAUUUAUUUACAGAAAAAUUAUGUUAUUUACGCAGAUAUUCAGUUAUUUAUAAUAAAGUACAAUAUAUACACAGUGA